AUGGGAAUCAGUGAAACAAAGUGGAAAGGUAGUGGAAGUAGAGAAGUGGGACAGGGAUACAGGAUUUGGUGGUCUGGAGGAGAAAUUGGAAGAAGAAAUGGAGUAGCUAUAGUCAUGGACAAAAAGAUGACAAGCAGAGUGAUGAAAGUGGAUGUGGUAAGUGAAAGAAUUAUUAAGGUUACGGUCAGAAUGGAGGGGGAGAUAAUGGACAUAAUACAGGUAUACGCACCACAAACAGGAUGCACGGACGAUGAGAAGAGAGAGUUUGAAGAGGAUCUGGAAAGACAAGUAAAAGAAGAGAGAACAAUAAUAAUUGGGGAUUUUAACGCACAAGUGGAUAACCUAGCCCACAUCGCACUCAAUGUGUGA